AUGGGCUCAAAGCAUUCAGCAUUAUUGAAAUAUGUUCUCGAGAAGAGUCAACCUGGCAACGUUCAAAGUGUGAUCAAUACAAUCGAUGAGUUCGCUUGGAACAAAAGAUGGCUAAUGAAUAUUGGUGACAAAAAGGGAAAGAUACUCGAUGAUGCAGUUCGAUCAAGAAGUCCGAACACAAUUCUUGAACUUGGUACAUUUCUUGGUUAUAGCUCGUUGAGAAUAGCUGCGCAAAUGCCCGAAAAGGCUCUAUUCGUCACAGUUGAAUCAAAUCCAGAAUCAGCUACUAUUGCCCGUCGUAUUCAUGAACAUGCUGGGGUUAGUAAUCGAAUUCAUAUUGUUGUCGAGCCGACUGAUCAAGCUAUUCCUCAACUGAAAAAGUUGUUCAACGUCGAUUCUUUCGAUUUCAUCUUUAUCGAUCAUACCAAAAAUGCUUAUCUACGUGAUUUCAGACUACUGGAACAAGAAAGCUUGAUAAAGUCUGGUACAGUGAUUGUUGCUGAUAAUGUGGUGAUACCGGGUGCACCUGAUUAUCUUAAAUAUGUUCGAAACUCAUCGAACUACACUACUGAAUUGCACAAAACAAAGCUUGAAUAUUCAAAUUAUAUACCUGAUGGUGUUGAAGUUUCGAUGCGACUAUGA